UGUUUUUUCCGAAUUGUAGACGAGGAACGUUCGUUCGACAUGUUUCUACCCGAGCUCAUUUUGUGGUAGGACCCAAUUAGCAAACAUGCUACUGACUCCGUCUUGCAGGUUGUUUUUCUGCAUCUAAUUUAUUUACGUGUAAAUUAAUGUAAUCGUUCUUUUAAUUGCGCUUACGACAAGAUGCCCUCCUGCUGAAGAACAUACCCGAGCCGCUUCUUCAAGGACCUAACUGUUGUAAUGUGUGCGCUGUUGGAAGCGUCACUAAAGCGAUAUUAAAACAACAAAUUACGUCACCGUUGCCCACAGGGAUGCCGAAUGCCAGCGCCAGGCCAAAGCACGGCAGGAGGAACCGGAGACGCCGCAGAGAGGACCCGGCCAGGAACGAGCUGGUGUCCAGUUCGCUUGAGAGCGCCCAGCAGUGCCUCUUCAGUCAGGAUUAUGGAACUGCAUUUGUGCACUACCUCCUCGUCCUCAACCUGGCCCCCGAGUUCAGGGACUUUGCCAAGGAGUCCUUCCGGUUCACUCUCUUCAAAUGGGCGGAUGAGCUGGACUCUGUGGGCCGCAUUCAGGACCUCUUCAACUGCUACGAGCAAGCACUGGAGCUCUUCCCCGCCGACGAGGUCAUUCUGAACAGCAUGGGCGAACACCUGUUCAGAAUGGGUUUUCGAGACGAAGCGGCGGGCCACUUCUACAAAGCCCUCAAACUGAAGCCCGACUACCCGGAGGCGAGGGAGAACUUCUACCGGGUGGCAAACUGGCUGGUGGAGCGCUGGCACUUCCUCAUGCUCAACGACCACGGGAGGAACCUCAAGUACCAGCAGGCCAUCCAGAAGGCGGUCCGCGGCGGCUGCAGCACCGUGCUGGACAUCGGUACUGGCACCGGGAUCCUGGGCAUGUGCGCCAAGAAGGCGGGGGCGGCCGAGGUGUACGCCUGCGAGCUCUCCAAGACCAUGUACGAGCUGGCCUGCGAGGUGGUGACCGCCAACGGGAUGGACGGCGCCAUCAAGAUCCUCCAUAUGAAGUCCAUGGAGAUGGUGGUGCCCAAGGACAUCCCACACAGGGUAUCGCUGGUGGUGACGGAGACGGUGGACGCCGGCUUGUUUGGAGAAGGCAUCAUAGAGAGUCUCAUUCACGCCUGGCAUCACCUGCUGCUGCCUCCACAGAGGGGAGAGACUAAAACCAGGGAGCCUUCUGAGACGGGUCGAGUCAUCCCGGCCGGAGCCACCGUCUUCGCUAUGGCUGUGGAGUGCCUUGAGAUCCGCCGCCAUAACAAGCUCUGCGUGGAAGAGGUGGGCGGUCUCUCCUUGGCCGAGGCCGAGCAUCUCCGCAGUCCGGUGAGCUGCAGCCCCGAGCCGGACGACUCCAUGGAGCCUUACACCACCGAGAGGCUCAGCAGACUGCCGGGAGGUUACACCGCCCUCACCGAGCCGCUCACCGUCCUCCACAUCGACUUCAACGACGUGCAGGAGCUGGAGGGGCUGACCUCCAGGCAGGUGCAGCGGGUCCGCCUGCCCGUGGUGCAGCAGGGCGAGCUGGACGCCCUGGCCGUGUGGUUCCAGCUGCACCUGGACGAGGACAGCAGCUUGUCCACGGGACCCCAGGAGGACACCUGCUGGGAGCAAGCCAUCUACCCCGAACACUGCGCGAAAGGUUUCCUCCUGAAACCUGGAGACGAGCUGGUAGUGGAAGUCUCCUGCAAAGACGCCUACCUGAGACUCUGCAGCGUUUCCGUACUCCGAGACGGGCAGGAGACCCGUCUAGGCAAGUAUCCGGACUCUCAGAACUCCACGAGCCUGAUUCCCAACCCGGAAGUGGAGCUGUGCAGCGCCCUAGCGUCGUUGCAAACCCACCAAAACCCGCCCAAAGACCUGUGCAUGCUGGAAUGUUCCGAAAUGGCGCUCCUGAACAACCGCGACUACCACCGGAGCUUCGCCGGCGCCUUGUCCAAGCUCAUAGCCCGGCUGAAGGCGGAAUCCCAAAGCCAGGAACCGGGUUUAAGGGCGGAGCCGGAACCGGAGGACCUUCUCUACGUUCUGGACGUGUCGGAGGGCUUCUCUCUGCUGUCCCUCAUGGCCGCCAGCCAGGGGGAGGUGAAAGCCUUCAGCUCCGUGGAGAAGAGCCGGCAACAGGAAGUGCUGAAGCGGCUGGCUCGGGCCAACAACGUCCCCGAGCGGCGUUUGGAGUUCUGGCUCAACCACACGGAGGACGAGCAGGGCGUGCUGCAGCGGCCCUCCAGGGAGAAGCUGUGGAGCGCCAUCAUGCUGGACUGCGUGGAGACCUGCGGACUCGUCAGGCAAAAACUGAUGGAGAAGGCGUCUUUGGCCAGAUGUCUGCUGGAGCGCGGAGGACGCAUUUUCCCCCAGAGGCUGGUGGUGCACGGCAUGCUGGUGGAGUCUGACAUGUUGCUGCUGGAGAGUGCUGUGCAGGGCCAGGAACCCACGCUGGGAUUCAACAUCGCUCCUUUCAUCAACCAGUUUACUGUUCCAGUCCAUGUGUUUCUGGACUUCUCCACCUUGGCAUGUCGACACCUGAGUGAGUCAGUGGAGCUCUUUGUGCUGGACCUGAUGGACGCUCACGCUAACUACACGGACAGAGAGGUGCAGGUCCGGACCACUUCAUCAGGCAGAAUCACGGCCAUCCCCUUCUGGUACCACAUCUUCCUGGACGAGGAGGUGAGCGUCAGCACCCUCAGUCCACACUCUCACUGGAAGCAGGCCGCCGUGGUGCUGCAGCAGCCGCUGGACGUCAGGGCGGGACAGCCGGUGCGCCUGGCGGUCAAGCUGCACAACAGCACCAUCUCCAUCACCGCCGCCGUGGAGUGACCAGGUCACCUGUGCAGGUGUGAUACACGACACUGCCACUAAAGGGACAACUUAGGUGUUUGUUUUCAAGUCAGUUUUAUUGUAGAAAAUAAAGCACAGAAAUAGAAGAAUGAGUAACACAACAUCCCUGCAGGUCAGUAACAUUCAAUGGCUGAGGACAAAGAUGUCUCAGCACUAAGCAACAAACUAAGAAAGUGUGUCACAGAAUUUAUACAAACUUUAGUGUUGAGGGCGUACUUUUACACUGUCCACUGAUUGCAGUCCAGGUCAGGUGUUUACACACACUCAUCAUGGCCUCACAUGUACAAUAUUCAACAUUCUAUAAUCCAUUCACAUCCAAAUUGCAAUUCUUAAUCAUCCUGAUUCUACAUCAAUUCAUAAUUUUCAAAAAUAAAAUAUAUACAUUUAAAAUAUAUAUAUAUAUAUAUAUAUAUAUAUAUAUGUGUAAAUGAUAUAUACAUAUUUGUAUGUAUAUAUAUAUAUGUGUGUAUAUAUAUAUAUAUGUAUAUACAUAUAUGUGUAUAUAUGUUUGUAUGUAUAUAUAUAUAUACAUUCAUAUAUAUACACACACACACACACACACGUGUAUAUAUACAUACAUAUAUAUAUACAUACACACAUAUAUAUGUGCGUAUAUAUAUAUAUAUACAUACAUAUAUAUGUAAAUAAAAAUUAUAUACAUACAUACACACAUAUAUAUGUAUACAUUAUAUAUACGAAAAUACAUAUAUAUAUAUAUAUACAUACAUACAUACACACACGAUAUUGCCAAAAGUAUUUGGUGUCCUAAUGACUUGGCCCAGUGUAUAAAAUCAAGCACUUCGGCACAGAGACUGUUUCUACAAACAUUUGUGAAAGAAUGGGUUGCUUUCAGUGAUUUCCAGCAUGGAACUGUCAUAGCAUGCAACCUGUGCAACAAACCCAGUUGUGAAAUUUCCCCGCUCCUAAAUAUUCCAAAGUCAACUGUUGGCUUUAAUAUAAGAAAAUGGAAGAGUUUGGGAACAACAGCAACCCAGCCACGAAUUGGUAGGCCACGUAAAAUAAAAGAGAGGGGUCAGCAGUUGCUGAAGGGAAUAGUGCAAAGUGAUCGCCGACUUUCUGCACAGUUACUAGAGAGCUCCAAACUUCACGUGACCUUCCAAUUAGCCCACAUACAGUACGCAGAGAGCUUCAUGGAAUGGGUUUCCAUGGCCGGGCAGCUUCAUCUAAGCCAUACAUCACCAAGUCCAAUGCAAAGCAUUGGACUCCGGACUCUAGAGCAGUGGAGAUGCCUUCUCUGGACUGAUGAAUCACGCUUUUCCAUCUGGCAAUCGGAUGGACCAGUCUGGGUUUGGAGGUUACCAGGAAAACGGUACAUUCCGGACUGCAUUGUGCAGAGUGUGAAAUUUGGUGGAGGAGGAAAUAUGGUGUGGGGUUGUUUUUCAGGAAUUACGCUUGGACCCUUAGUUCCAGUGAAAGGAACUUUGAAUGCUCCAGGAUUCCAAAACAUUUUUGGACAAUUCCAUUCUCCCAACCUUGUGGGAACAGUUUGGAGCGGGGCCCCCUUCCUCUUACAACAUGACUGUGCACCAUUGCACAAAGCAAGGUCCAUAAAGACAUGGAUGACAAGAGUCUGCUGUGGAUGAACUUGACUGGCCUGCACAGAGUCUUGACCUGAACCCGAAUGAAAAACCUUUGGGAUGAAUUAAAACGGAGACUGAGAGCCAGGGCUUCUCCACCAACAUCAACAAUGCGCGAAUGGAAUAAUGACGGAAAAUUCCUAUAAACACACUCUGCAACCUUGUGGACAUCCUUCCCAGAUUAUAUAUAUAUAUAUAUAUAUAUAUAUAUAUAUAUA